GAAGGGAGGCAAGCGGCACCAGAUGCUGGGCGUGGCUCUAGUCACCCAGUGGUGAAGGGUGCCUAAAGUUCUAUGCAAAUACUUUUGGGUGUCAGCCAGCUCAUUGAGCCAAGAGUCCUGCCCCCUGCCCUUUCUGGAAGAAAUAGCCAGACUUUCUGUAAACACUUGGAGGAGUGGAAUCAAAUAGACCCGGAGCUUUUGAAACUGCUCCCAGAAGUUGAGCUCAGACUGUCUAUGGAAUUCUCAAUACGAGGCCAGAGAGACAGCUCAAUUGGUAAAAGGCAGCUGCAGUCAAGCCUGAAGACCUGAAUUCGAUCCCUGGGACCCACAUGGUGAAAAAUAAAACCUGAGUCCCACAAGUUGUCCUCUGACCUCCACACUCAAACACCUCCACAUAGUCUCCCUAUCCUUCGAGGUUUCCAGUUCUACACCAGGGAUGCGAUUUAGCGACCAGAAGGACAGGGUGGACACAGCCUCCAUGGACUGAGACUAAAUGCAGGGCCCCCACCACUGUCUCUGUGAAUUUGGUAAUCACCGGCGUCACUCCUACCCUCUUAACUGCUACCCCUGGGUUCCUCUGCCAGCAAGAUGCUGGGUGGAAAUGUGAAAUCCGAGGCCACUUGCCAGGACCCGGUGACCAAGGGAGUCCCCCACCAGGACUUGCCCAGCCAGCCCGCCGCAUCUGGGAGCGUGCCCUCCCCGCCCCGCCGGCGGCCCCCACCCCAGCGCCCGCACCGCUGUCCGGACUGCCCCAAGGCUUUCUCAUACCCAUCCAAGCUGGCCACGCACCGGCUAGCGCACGGCGGCACCCGCCCGCACCCGUGCCCCGACUGCCCCAAGGCCUUCUCCUACCCGUCCAAGCUGGCCGCGCACCGCCUCACGCACAGCGGAGCUCGCCCGCACUCCUGCCCGCACUGCCCCAAGGCCUUCGGCCACCGCUCCAAGCUGGCGGCGCAUCUUUGGACCCACGCUCCCGCCCGCCCCUACCCAUGCCCCGAUUGCCCCAAGUCCUUCUGCUACCCCUCCAAACUGGCGGCCCACCGCCACACGCACCACGCCACCGACGCCCGCCCCUACCCUUGUCCACACUGCCCCAAAGCGUUCUCGUUUCCCUCCAAACUGGCGGCUCACCGCCUAUGUCACGAACCCCCCACUGCGCCCAGCAGCCAGACCACUGGCCACCACCGAUGCUCCAGCUGUGACCAGGCCUUUGGUCAGAGACGCCUCCUAUUGGUUCAUCAACGCAGCCACCACCAGUCCGAGGGCCAGGGAGAGAGGGAGUGAGCUGUUGGUCCAGCCGCCCAUCUGCCUCCGCCACGUGUCAAUAAAGACCUGAAUUUCUAA